CUUGUUCAUACUGAAAAACGAAGAACACUCGCUCUCUCUCUCUCCCUCCUCCUCUGCUUCUAAAUAGCCCAACUCAAGAGCUUCUCUACCAUUUUAUAAAUUCUGUUCCUCUAAAGUCUUUUCUUUUGUUUGUGUGUCUAAGUGAAGAAGCUGAACUAUGUGUUAGAACAUUGUUGUAAUGAAAAUUUAGAAGCAUACAAAUUAAAAACACUCUAGAAGACAUUAAAACCUUUUUCGGUGUCAUAAUGAAAAGACUAAGUAGCUCAGAUUCAAUGUGUGGUCUCGUCUCCAAUUCUCCAGGUGCUUACCAUUUUUAUGAGCAGAGUCCACGAGGGUACGGAAGUAAUUUCCAGUCUAUGCUUGAUGGAUACGAAGAAGACGGCACAAUAGUAGAGGAAUAUUCCGGCAACCAACACAUGGGUCUGUCGGAGAAGAAGAGGAGGCUACGUGUGGACCAAGUCAAAGCUCUCGAGAAGAAUUUCGAGCUCGAGAACAAACUCGAACCCGAGAGGAAAACCAAACUAGCACAAGAGCUUGGUCUCCAACCUCGUCAAGUAGCGGUCUGGUUCCAAAACCGCCGCGCACGGUGGAAGACAAAACAGCUCGAAAAAGACUACGGACUUCUCAAGAGCCAAUACGACUCUCUCCGCCACAACUUCGAUUCACUCCGCCGCGACAACGAUUCUCUUCUCCAAGAGAUUAGUAAAAUGAAAGGAAAGAUCAACGGAGAAGAAGAUAACAACAACAACAUCAAGGCUGCGACGGAGAGUGAUAUCUCCGCCGUGAAGGAAGAAGAAGAUCAGAUUCCUUCGUCUCCUCCUCAGUUUCUCGAACACUCAACCGGUUUUAACUACCGGCGAAGCUUCACCGAUCUCCGUGAUCUUCUACCGAACCCCGUCGUCGAAGCUGGAUCUUCCGACAGCUGCGACUCAAGCGCUGUCCUGAACGAAGAAACCAGCUCGGAGAACGGAAGAUUGACGCCGCCGGCGGCCGCGGUUACCGGCGGGAGUUUCUUGCAGUUCGUGAAAACAGAGCAAACAGAGGAUCACGACGAGUUUUUCAGCGGCGAAGAAGCGUGUGGUUUCUUCUCCGACGAACAACCUCCUUCUCUUAAUUGGUACUCCGCCUCGGAUCACUGGACAUGAAAAAGUCGUUGGUCGGAGGAGAAAGAACGACGGGUUUACUGUGCUCUGUUAUCACUCUUUGGAGGAUAAAACUGGAAUAAUGAAAAAAUAAGGGGACUUAAAUGUUAAUUAACGAUGUCGGGGAGGGGGUUUUUCACGAUUAUGAAAGUCAUCGGAGAAAAUUCAGAUAAAAGUUUACUCCUCUAGUCCCAAUUGUAUUCCAAAGUUUACCCUUAAAAGAUUUCACUUUGUCUAA